AUGGAGCCUUUGAUUGGUUUUCCUGACGCCAUAGGUGGAUCAGCGCUGUGGGUAGCUGAGGCAUGCUGGUCCAUCCUUGCGUGCCAUUGCGAGAAGCUUCAAAGCAAUUUUGGUUCACGGCUACGGGGCGUUGAUGCCCAAGCGCUGGUUCCUCGGGCUGAACGUCGAAGAUGCGGCAGAUCACACUUGGAGCCUCAAGACCUUCAGGGUGGAUCUCUUCCAUACGAUGUGCUGCAAUCCGUUAGCAUCAGCUUUUCUUGUCCGGAGCACAUGUUGCAGUUGCAGGCCUGCUGCCGCAGGCUGCGAGAAAUCCUUCUGGACCCAAGGGCGUGGCGACACCUUUCCAUUCACCUGGACACCUUUUCCAACGUCAGCCUCUGCCAGUUUGCCAGGUCAAUCAGGUUCAUACCUGUGUGGUCUGAGGCUAGCGAGAUUGUCGUCUGCAAUAGACAUCUGGGAAGGUUGCCGCUGUCAGCGCUGCCGCAGAAUCUGUCCUUGGCAUGGUCGCUGCGCCAGCCCGAAAUUUCGAGAGUCUUCAGACACGCUUGCUUUUCGUGGGAAUCCACUGAGAACCUGUUCGGGAGAGCAGCGUGUGCCUUGCAGAUCAGGCAGGCGUGCGGGCUCCUGCUUGUUGGUAUCAAGAAGAGAGAUGGCUUGCACCCUUGGCCGUUGCUAAGCCAGCCCAGAGCUAUCUUCUGUCGCAUUCGCAAACCUUUCGAGACUGACAUGGAAAUCAGUUUUGGCAGAAGCGACGACGUACCUGUGCCAGCGCUACGCAUAGGCGGACCUCUCCCAGGCAGACGUGAUGAGCAUCUCGUCGAGGUUCGGUGGGACAGAUGGACGAUGUGGGUUGUGAUUGAUGGAGUUGCUCUACCCGCUCUCCAAGUACACCCGCACGUGCAGCAAGAACUGGGAGUGUUCACCAAGUUUUUUGUUCGAAUCUUUGCUCCUGCCACAGCGUCGCAGGCUGGAUUUACAGUGCGGCCAACUCCAUGUCCUGUGCAAGCAAAUUCACCUGUCAGUUGCUUCAAAUGUCAGCGAGUGAUACUGCUUGGGUCAGGCAAUGUCAAAGCGUGCAACCAUUGUUCGGAGUGGUUCUGCACGCAACAUAGAAGUCUCAUCGACAACCAGCAGAUCUGUCAAAAUUGCGCAGCUGUCUGGCAGGACGCCGUAGGAGGUUCGUGUCCGCGCUCUGACUCGUUGAUGUGCUCCUGCGCGGCUGCAGACUGCAAUCUGUCAGGCUACCCGUGCUCAGAACAAGCAGAAGUCAAGCGUUCUAUCUGCGAACGAACGCACGCCCUCGUGCAGUCUCGAUGGACUGUUUGUAUCCUUGCUGGCACACGGUUGUGCCGAUCACACGUCGAGAUAGUACCAUUUUCUAACUGCCCCACGCAGCUUGAUGACUAUCUCGGCGGCAGUUUGGUGCAGCAGUCUGAUGUCUACACCAUCACCUGCGCGUAUCAAACGGCCUGCAGCAUAUGGCAGUCAAUCGAGAGAUCGGGCCCCCUCGACACAAGCUACACAUUGGAAGCUACAGAAUCAUCUGACGGUCGAAGCAAGUCCAUGGCUGUUAUUUGCGACAUCAUGCGGGAACGUUCUGAUAACAUAGUCGCAUGGAGAACUGAUGCCUGCCACUGUGCCUUGCGGGUACAUGUGGCGAUCGCACGGUGUCGGAAAGAGCGGAGCGCGUACUCAGUACAUCCCACACCCGCGCAAGGGUUGCACCCUGCGGACAAGGGCUCUCUGUCUGCUGACAGCUCUCGGCUGCACGACUAUGCAGGUGGCGCAUCUCCUGCUGCAAAUGUGGCAGCGUCACAAGACAGUUUUGCUGCCCGCGUCGAUCAAGAACUGCAAGAAGAAAUGGCAGGGACAGACAUGGCUUUAGCAGAUAUCAAGGAAGAGCGAAUCGAAGCAGCUGCUGCAAACAUCGUCCUUGAAGGACCAGAGGACGCGGACGACAAGGUUUGGGAAGUUCUGAAAAAACGGCGUCUGUUGCCUGGUGCUGCGACGUCGGACCAGGACUUUGACAGUUUGUUUGCUGGCUUAGAAGCAUCCCGAGUUGCGUUUCAGAAUGAUCCCGCCGAUCAGGCUGACCAGUCAAACAGCAUUCCUCAAAUAGUUCAGAAGCACAAGUUCCAGAUUUCAACAGACUUUCCGGAUCUGUCUGAGUACAUGACGAACCUUAUGACAGCUGCAGUUGCAGUUCUGAGCUUACGGACCGUUGAUGUGUUUCAGCGCGAGAAUGCCAUGAUGCUGUUCAUCAUCGAGGGUGAGAAGUAUAUGCGGUUCCACCAUGGGGACUGCUACGUCCUACAUGCAAGCGGGGCUUUCCAACACUACAAAGGACUUUUUCGGAUACUGCCGCAAGGCACUCGCCGUGUAGAGCAGGAAGUUCUUCAAGCAGUGUCACUGCUGCUGGAAGGCUCCGAUUGCGAACAAGCGUUACUUGAAAGAUGCCGCAUCGCCGCAGCCAACAACCAGGGUGACGCGCUGCUAAAAAGCAGAAGGGCAAGCCAACAGGCCGAUGAGCAAGACGAGGUACCCGCCGGAGAAGUCCCAGCCAACCACUGGCACAUCUAUUGCGCUCGCAUGAUCAUUGCACUCAAGCGCAACAUCAUUCGAGACCUCUCGGACGAGAAGCUAAUUUCGUACAUGGUCGAGUUUUGUGAACGACCCAUGAGUCAUGUUCCAGGCUGCUGCUACAACGACUACUGUGUCGAGUAUCCCAACAAUGGAUCAGCUCGGCAGGUGGAGCGAUCAAGCAUCAGGGACAUUUACACGCACAUUCCGCACAGCAUCAAAAAGUUCGUGCCAGACCAUGUCAUGACACGCCUCACAAAGUUCUAUCGACAAACUUUCUGGAGCAACGUCGAGGUUUUCAAGUGCUGCCAAGCUGCACAGGCCCUGGCGAAGAGAGGCAUCAACGUCGUGCGGCUCUUCAUAGGACUUUCAUCCGGCGGCGUUGGUCAGUCCUUAUAUUCGGCGCAUCUAGAGGCAAUGUACGUCCACAACUUUGCCUAUUUCGACCCGCAAAUUUGGUUUAAUGAAGAAGAGAUGCGCAAGCAAGUCGAACAGCUCAAUGGCCGGUUUGUUCUUACAGGUCAAGAAGCACCUGGCACCAAUCGGCGACUCCGCGAGGAUCUCUACAAGAAGUUCAUGUCAGGCAUUACCGGCCGCAAGCCGUAUGGCCUCAGAACGCGGAUGAUUGAAUGCAAAGGCUGGAAGCGGUUGGAGGCGAACCGCCUUUUCCAGUUUCUGAACGUGACGCCCCGGGACUUCAAUGCCAUUCUGAGGCGUGCUCUAGUCUUCCGGAUCAAAGCGCGCUUCGAGGACCCCAGGGCUAUUGACAGCGCGUAUGAGGACAUUGACAAGGACGGCAUCUUCGCCAAGGACCAGGAGCUCAAGGACUUCUUGACCUCGCCUCAGGCGAUAUGCGCAGCCUUGCAGCUGCAGCAUGCCUUCGAAACGCAGCACAACCAACAGGAUUGUCUACAGAUGAUCGAGAACUACGCGCAGUGGGGCGGUGAUCAUGGUUUGACCGAGAAAACCAUGCGAGAGGCGUGCGGCAUGAAGCCACGCGACAUAAGAGGAAUUGCGCGCCGAGCGCACACUUUGAUUGUCCUUGAGGAGGACGAAAAGGACUCGGACGACGAUGAUGUGCAAAGGCACUGGGACACAAUGCGCACGUUCCUCGUCAAUCAUCUGCUGGGUCUUCGGCGCUUCGACGUAACAAAGCCGAUGCUGUUGCGCAUGAAGGUUCCUGCAGGGCCGAACGUCUCCAGGGAAGAGCUGGUCGACCAACUUCUGCGCAACAAGGUCAUUGUCGAGUCAGCUUCUCGAGGAAAGACUCUGGAGGUUUACAGGCCAGCGGUCGAAUGCCUCAAUCUCUGUUCUGUCUUGGACUGGAAGAACCUGGAGUCAGAGUCCACAUUUCCAGAGCUACUUCACUUGAAAAACUUUGCAGAAUAUGUCCGAGGCUGUGACGCUAGGCGGGAGAAUGCGUACCUGUUGGGCGCCUUCUACCAGGCGGCCAAGAAUCCCACUGUUCGCGGCCGGCCAUCAAAGCAACUUGCGAGGAACCUGGACAGAAGUGCUGAGGCGCAGAAAAAAGGGCGCAAGAUAUUGGACCAGGAAGAACUGUUCGAGGUAAUCCUUGCAGACCUGGCCGACGAUGUCGGACAGAGCCAAAGCAGCCAACGCAUGCAAUCAGAGCCCGCCAAGAGACGCCGAUGCUUGCCCGAAGUGAAAGAAGAAGGGAGGGAGGCGAAGCCAUGUGUUCAAGAGAUCGUCCAUGUUCAGCGCUCUUAUUCGUAUUCUUCAGCUGUGUCAUUCAGAUCCCGGAAACAAGUGGUCGGCCUUGGUGUGCAGCGUCUAUGCAGGCGUGCGCAAGUUCGUGUAGCUGCCGGAACUGUGGAUCUGGACGUCGAGAAUGCUCUUUUCACACUGAUGCACCAGCUCAUUACAAGGCUUCAGCUCCGGCCAGCUCCGCCCAACGAUGUGACAGAGACCAUUCGCGCGUGCGCUCAAGACCGUGAUCGCGUGUGUAAAGAAAUUCUGCAGCUUUCCAAGGAAGAGGGAAAGGCAUUGCUUAUCAAAAUCUUCAAUGGCGCCUCAAUUCCGGACUCUGUGCAACAUGGAAAAGCUUUCCUCCAAAGCCUCUCGAAAGCGGCGCUGUAUUUGCGCUGGGCUGUUGUCUUGAUGUUCCCAGACGAGUACGCUCGCUUUCAGGAGCCGGACGCGGAAAAGAAUAACCCAGAGGCUUCACUGCUUUCGCAUCUCUACUACAUAGUAGAAGAUGUGGUCCUUUCGGCCAUGGCAGACGUCCUCUUGCAAGGUUCGCCAAAGCAUCUAUCUCUUCACUACGACGGUGUUCGUGUUUCGCGGCCUGAAGGCAAAAGCGUCGAAGAUCUUUGCAAGAGCAUCCAGCGACGUGUGAAGGAUGCAACUGGAUUUGAGGUUGUGCUUCGAGAGAAGCGUCAUCGCAGCGUUCUGCAAAUCCUAUCCGACACAGCAAGGUCAAAAGUCGGUUCUUCGUUGCCAAUGGAAUCUGUGCUGCGGCAAAAUGGCAACUGCAUCCCUGCAGCUGUGGCUCUCCUUCUGGCGAAAAUCUCAGACGUGGAAGAGGCGCUGUCAGACAACGGUUGCAGAGAAAAUGCCAGCUUCAAGAAGCGUGCUCUGCGAUCAUAUAGAGAUUGCGCAACUCUUCUACAUCUACAAUUCUUGCCACAGCCCGAUCUGAGUCUAGGAUGCUGGAAGCCUGGGAACUUUUUGCUGCAUGUGGAACACGAAGGACAACCUCAUUGCGUCGGCUUGCGUGUCAACAGCGUGGAGUCUAUAGACGUGAUUGACGCGUGCGGCGAGUCCCGGAUAGACUCUUCUAUCUUAGAGGAGGCAUUGACCGCUGGACUGGACGCGUGCUCUGCAAUGGUUUUCAAGAUAUGCAAGAGUUCAGAUACUGUUCAAACAUCUGAUCUCUGGAGCUCGGAAGCUCUAGACAAGCUGUUGGAUCUUGAAGCCAGAGCUGGGCGACUAGCCGACAAUACCUUGAAAGAAGGGAGGCCAGCAAUCGAGCAGGAUGACGUCGUAGCGUGUGUGUCGUCGGAUGAUGUCUCUGCGCUGAUAGAAGUGAGCUCUGAGAGCUCUGACGAUGGAAAGUCUCUGCAAAAACAUUGGUUGGAUGAAGCUGCGCAGGUUCUUACCGAUAAGCAGCUUCUCGAUGACAUGAAGGCAGAGAUAGAGGAGUUCCUAGCCAGCGGAAGUUCGCAUUGCUUGGUUAGGACAAAGCAAGGGCUCCGAUGUCCUUUCUGUCCAUGGCGCUGUUUCAGGUGUGAGUCACGCGUGCUGCAACAUGUUCGAGAUCAUCACACCAGUCAGCGGCAGUACUGCUGUUCUGGUACCAAGCAAGUUCGAGUAAUCUUGGCCUUGCACGACGCAGACAUGAUAUCUGGUGUCCGAGAUGGUGCCUAUGUUCAACGCAGCGCUUCGCUGCUGAGGGAGUGGCUGGUCUUAAGAGGACCGUCCUUCGUUCGGGCAGACUCCAUCAAAGAUCGACGCGUGCGCAGAGCGGGUGACUUGUACUACACGCAUUGCUUCGCCGAGAAACUUUUCAAAGAGACACUGCUCAACUCCGGCAAGGUGCAGGCAGUUUGGACAAGAAUGGUUCUGGAUGCUUCCGUGGCUGGGAGCAAGCUUGUCAACCUGUUGCCGCAGCAUAGCAGUGCUUGGUGGCCGAUGGUGGAGGAUAUCUUUAACUCCAGCCAGUGUUGCAGGCUAACCAAUCGCCUGCUAAUGGAGUGCGUGGAGCACAAAGAGUUCACGUACCUCUCCAUCGACGGGACAGUCAAGUGCACGAUGCCUUUGCUCGGACAGCCCAAGCCUGGCAACUACCGAGCCGGAAAGGAACCGUUCUUUCUUGAACCUGCGGACAGGAUUCACACCGUUGUCACGGCAAGAGGCCGCUCCGGUGCAGUGGUCGGUCUUUGGCCUUUGUUUUCUGAGAAGGCAGAAAAUUUGCAACAUGCUUUGGCUGCGCAUCUACCUCCGGCUGCCCUAGCCCAAGUGCAGAGCGUUGCUACUGAUGCACCAUCGUCGCACUUGUAUACCGUGUUGAAGUCGAUGAUGCCUGGCUUGGAAGCUCUCUGUUUGGAUCCCGUUCAUCUUGCAAUCAAAUACGAGUACGGCACGGGCCGCCACCGUACUCGGGGAUCCAGGCAAUUGCGUGCGUGCCUCAGCAAGUUCAAUGCUGCUGAUGCGAACUUCGACGCACAGCACUGGGGACCGCUAUUCACUGGUCAGUCUUGCAGACAACUUUCCGCUCGAGAAGAACACAUGAAGAAGCAAAUCCUUAAUGGAUCCAUGCCUGCGGAAAGAGCUACCUGCGUCUUGAAGCAAGCCGAAAGCAAGGCGGUGUGGCCCACCCGAGCUGAGUUUAUGGAAGCAUUAGCUGCGAUUACUGCGCUUUUCUGGGACGAAGUCAACAGGAAAGGUGAAAAAAAGGGCACGCGUAUUGUCGAGCACCUGGCGUACGCGGCCGAGCCGGAAAGAUUGGAGUGGCUCUUCAACAACCUCCGUUUCAGAGCCUCUCAAAGUAGAUCCACGCUCAGCCUUCUUUCAUCCGGCACGACAUCGAACGAGGCUUUGCAUGCUGAGAUCCGUGCCUGGUUUCGGCAGAUUCAAUCACUGCACCAGUCAUCUCUCAAAUUGAAGUGUCAGGUGUUUUUGGUACGCAAGCUUCUGGAACACAACACUGCGUUGUAUCGGCCAACUUCUCGGCAAAUGACGCCAGGACAAGUUCUGGCCCGCAGGCUUGGCCAGUCACUUUGGACCGCGUCUGCUUGGCGAAAGCAAACGCAGCAGAAGUCGCAAGAGCUUCCAUUGAACAAGCUGCGGAAGCAGCAUGCGGCUGAGCGACGAAAGCUCGUUCUGAAGCGACCCGGCGUACUUAAGAGAAGGAUGAUCGGCAAACAGCCGCCGCCAGGUCGAAAGAACUUCGGUGUGCAGAAGAAGCGGACAGCAUUUAACCUACUACGCGCUCGUGGCGUUCUGCGCCAAGGUGUCGCAAAGCGACGCCCAGCAGCUUCGUCUGAACGAUGA